AUGGAUGACGUCGAAGCUUGGGCUCCUAGACCCACGCCGUACCCACCGUUCUACAACCUUGCACGCCCAAACACUUUCGCCGACACACGCUUGUCGUCCUCCGAGGUAUUCACUGCUGAUCAGGACUAG